GGAGAGAGGAGGAGAGGCAAAGAAAACCAAGCAUCCUCCUCCUCCCGUCUAUAAAUUCCUCCCCCCUUUUCCCCUCUCUAUAUAGGAGGCAUCCAAGCCAAGAAGAGGGAGAGCACCAAGGACACGCGACUAGCAGAAGCCGAGCGACCGCCUCCUCGAUCCAUAUCUUCCGGUCGAGUUCUUGGUCGAUCUCUUCCCUCCUCCACCUCCUCCUCACAGGUUCUUGGUGUAGCUUGCCACUUUCACCAGCAAAGUUUCAUGUCUGAUCUCGACAUUCAGAUCCCAACUGCCUUCGAUCCCUUUGCUGAGGCCAAUGCUGGAGACUCUGGUGCGGCUGCAGGAUCAAAGGACUACGUUCAUGUACGCAUCCAGCAGCGUAAUGGCCGUAAGAGCCUGACCACUGUCCAGGGAUUGAAGAAGGAAUUCAGCUACAACAAGAUCCUCAAAGAUCUCAAGAAAGAGUUUUGCUGCAAUGGUACUGUUGUCCAGGACCCAGAGCUUGGCCAGGUCAUUCAACUUCAGGGUGAUCAGAGGAAAAACGUAUCAAAUUUUCUUGUUCAGGCCGGCAUUGUGAAGAAGGAACACAUCAAGAUUCAUGGUUUCUGAGCAACUGCCAAAACCAUUGCAAAGACUAUAGUUUGGGGUGGAGUAUACUUGGUUGUGUACAUGCCUGCGUGUUCCAUUGUACACACAAAACCUAGCCACCUCUUGACUCUUGAGUGUAUGCUUGUUACCCGUGUGUUGAAGUUUGUAAGAGGCACCAUCACUAUAGAUGAUGGCUUGUGUCCCUCUUUCAUCAAGAUUGAAUAAUAUAUGCUACUUUGAGAGCGCUA